AAAUGGUUGCAUAAACUCACUUUCUAGUUAUAAUAAGGAUAAUGACGGUAGUGAUUACUCUACGAAUUUCCUAUUUGUAUGUAACCCAAAGGUUAAAGUUGUUCGUCCACAAUUCGACAUCAUAUUAAUUUAUCGUUCACAAAAUAUCCUUGAUUUGAAUAAAAAUUGUGACAUUAUUCAUGUACGUUAGUUAUUUGCUUAAAUUAUAGGAAUUAAAGUAAAUAAGUAGUGAUACAUUUAAUGAAGACUGUCUUUCAUACUUAGUAGUUACAACUAUGUCUAAUACAAUAGUUCAAUAUGUUUUGUUAAGAAGUGAUUUGUUAAAAGAUUUGGGGUGGUCAAUUGGUGCUUUGGUCGCACAGGCCUGUCAUGCUUCAACUGCAGUUUUACAUCUCUAUAGAUCAGAUGAACACACCAUACAGUACUUAAAUGAUUUAGAUAAUAUGCAUAAAGUGGUCUUAGAAGUUCCUAAUGAAGAGUCAUUGAAAAAGGUUGCAGAAAAAUUAAAAGAAAACUCAAUAGAUCACAAGUUAUGGAUUGAACAACCUGAAAAUAUAGCUACCUGUUUAGCAAUCAAGCCUUAUCCUAAAGAAGUAGUCAAGAAGUUUGUAGGAAAAUUCAAGCUGUAUAAAGCUACUUUGGUUACUUGAAUAAUAGCUUAUUUUAUAGUAACAGUUUCUAGACUUAAGAUUUUAAAUAAAAGUAAUUUUAUAAUAUAAAUAUUCCUAGUAUUUUUUUUAAUUCCUUGAAAUCUUUGAAUCACCACAUAAAUUUUGUCAUAGAUAUAGAUACUAUAUUUAAGUGCAUGAUGCAAAAUUUAAGCACAGGCAUAAUAGAGAGAAAAAAACAAUAGGGACUAGAGAUCCCAUAUGAUAUUCCAUAAUAUUGAAUAUUUUCUUUAAGUAUGUGCGAUCUACUUGGGGAACAACGGGUUAGCUCAUUAACUGAAGUAGCCACAUAGUGUUUAUUAAAGAUGUAGUUAGGCUAAAAAGAUAGGUAGCCGAUUCAAAUUUUAAAUCACUGAUUUUUAAAAUCUGUUUACAAACUGCCUAGAUACAUAUUAGAAACUCUUUCAGGCUACUUUAUGGAGGUAAGUUUUAAGAGCGGAAAAAAUAAUAAAUUGUACUGUCUGCGAUUAGAUUAAAAAUAGACGCAUGCAUGAGUUUAUAUUCCGUCUAGGUGCAACAGAUAGCUUACUAAUCGUCUGUGUACGCUAUAAUUUAAUUUCUUUUUUGUAUUGGCAACAUUUUGAAAUUAUGUCAUUUUCGCUCAAUUGAGUGACGAAAAAAUCGCAAAUAAACUAUAGCCUGUGUACAAGAAUAUUAUAAAGAACUAAAAUUUUUUCCUUCUCAUCUUUUCAUCUGUUUACGAAAACAUACUAUUUGUUUUGGUUCUUGCGUGAAUGGUGUAUAUCAUACAAUUCUUACUGAGUCAAAUA